AUGUCUGGUGUUCGAGGCCGCCAGGCCCCCAUUGUGAUGGUGAUUGAUUUCCACCAUGCGAGGGGCCCGGAAAUCGAACUCUGCAUCGGAGAGGAGGACAUCGAUAUAGUAACAAAGAAUGACUGGUCUCUUUUACCGUUCAUGGCGUUGUCGGACGGGGCGCAUGCAUCCACCGAGGAAUUCUCAUACUUUACCCUACGCAAGAAGGAGACCGAGACGGCGCCGGCAACAUCUCUGUUUGGAAUCGCCUGUUCACGACAGCUCGACUCGAACCUGCUUAUCAACCGUCCUGCGGAUGUGACUAGGUCCACUGUGCAAAAGGCCGUCGUCGUUAUUACGGAUACCCCUCAGAGCGUGGGGCAACUGAGGGAGAAGCUCUCUGUCGUGACUUCGGCUUGGUUCGCGCAGCGGGACUUCUCGGACAUCGACAUCCUGAAGAAAUUUCGUGAAGGACUCAUAAUCAGCUGGGAACAGAAUGAAGCAUCGAAAGAUCAGAAUCUUGGUCUCUCUCUGCGGGAGAUGAUACACGAGUUCAAGUACCAGACUCUUGUGUUGUUCAAAGCUCUACUUCUGCAGCCAAAGAUGCUCUUCUUCGGCUCACGAUGCGAGCGUUUAUGCAUGAUUCAGUUCUCACUUAUCUCACUAAUCCCGGGCCUAAUAAAUAGCCUUCAGGAUUGCGCUGAUCCGGCCGCUGAUAGCUAUGCGCAGACUGUGGGGAAGCCAACUUCCUUGAAGACGAGUGAUAGAGCGUCCUUGCUGGCAUAUAUGGGUUUGCCGUUGCAGAUAUUUGGAAAGGGAAGCAUGUUCGGACCUUAUACACCACUUCAGCAGCUGGAUCUGCUGGCGGAUCAUGGGACGAAGUCGUACGUUGUUGGAUCUACGAACUCGCUCCUUUUACAACAGAAAGAUCGUUAUAGCGAUAUAUUGAUUAAUCUUGACGAGGACGUUAUCACUAUCUCAUCACCCUCCCUUCGAAGCGCCCUGGUCCUCUCCGCCGCCGACAGGCGCUGGAUUGACCUCCUUACGCAGAUCAUAAACGACACUUGGGAUGAAUCGCAUCCUGAGCGACCAAAGGAUCACGGAUACAUGGGUUCCGAAGAAUUCAUCAGACUCCAAUUCGAGGAGUAUCUACUUGCGUUGCUGGCCUCCGUGAAAUACCACGAGGAGCUGCACUCUUUCAGUAGCGGUGAAUCAGGUCAGAGGAGCAGGGCGCAGUUGGAAGCAUACAAUAUCGAGGGCGAUCCGGCGUCGGAUUUCAAUCCGGAUUUCCUGGCACACUGGCAAACUACCUCCAAUUACGCCUUAUUUAAACGCUUGACGUCCGAUGCUCUUCUAUUCUCAAUCGUUGAGCCUCGUCAUCCCUGCGCGGGUGGUCUCACCAUAGAGGACGUUCAGCGACGGCUGUCGCAACAGGUUGCGGAGCUUCACCUGGACGAACGGGUGCGUGAGGGCCGCGAGGCUCUGAACAGGCAUCUCGCAACCGGCCAGAAGAAAGUCAGCGCUGCAUUCAACAGUUUUUGGGCAGAUAUCGAGGCGAUGCGGGAAGCACAACGGAAGCGGAAUGAGGAGAGAGCUCUUCAGUCGCAACGAUCUUCGAUGGACCAACCUCGGCCGUCCUUAGAUACAGCGUCGGUCACUUCAGCCACAGGCUCCUGGUUUGGUGGGCGAAAGGCCCCCGCUGUGGACAUUGCACAGGCGCAAGCAUCCGUCAACGCAGUGAGUCAGAAAGCUGGCGCAUAUCUUAGUUCAUGGAGCUCGUGGGCCAGCGAGAAACGCAAAGAAUGGCAGGAAAAGAAGGCGACCCCAUCGUCUCCGUCCUCUGUCACCUCUCCUUCCACGCCUACAUUGUCUAGUAUAGUCGAAGGUGAUGACUCGGAAAGAGGCCGACGCCGCUCUAUGCAGCAACAACGCCAAAGUGAAGAUUCAUCAGCUACCCUCUCACGCAGCCGGAGUCGACGGAAGAGAUGGAGCAAUAUCCUUCUGAGACGGGAAAGUGGGGAGUUCGGAGUCCCCAACGCCAAAGAAGAAGGCAGCCCGGACAGCAGCGAACAGGGUCAUCCAUACCCAAAGUCGCCCUUGUCCCGAGGGACCUCAGUUGGUGAAGACGACAUUGCACAGUCAACUCAGCCUAAAAUCAGUGAUUCUUCUACUCAAUCUCCAGUUUAA